CAACAUGAAGCCACCGCAGCGGCGGCGAGCGGCCCCGGCACGCUAUCUGAAGGAGGUGACCGGUCCCACGCCCUGGAGUCCCCGCGAGAAGCGGCAGCUACUGCGACUACUGCAGGCUCGGCGGGGUCAGCCGGAGCCAGAUGCCGCCGAGCUGGUCCGGGAGCUGCCGGGCCGGACCGAGGCCGAGAUCCGGGACUUCCUCCAGCAGCUCAAAGGCCGGGUGGUCCGUGAGGCCAUUCGGAGGGUGCAUCCAGGUGGCUCACAGGGUCCAAGAAGCCGAGAGGCACAGACCCCAGCCCCCAUAGAGGUAUGGAUGGAUCUGGCAGAGAAGAUAACAGGUCCACUGGAGGAAGCCCUGACCACAGCUUUCUCUCAGGUGCUCACCAUUGCUGCUACGGAACCCCUCAGCCUUCUGCACUCCAAGCCCCCCAAGCCCACGAAGGCCCAUGGCAAGCCGCUGCCUCUAAGCACCACCAGGGGGCAAGAGAACCCUACUUCUGCGGCUUCCAGCCCCGCCCCUGAGACCUCUGGCUCCACCCCUGAGGCCUCUGGCUCUGCCCCUGAGGCACAAGCCGAAUCCCUGGCUGGCCCCUCCAUUCAGGAAGACUUUACUGUGGAUUUUGAGAAAAUCUACAAAUACCUGUCCUUCUCCUCCCGAAGUGGCCGUGGUCCCGAGCUCUCAGCAGCUGAGUCAGCUGUGGUCCUUGACCUGCUCAUGUCUCCCGAGGAGCUGCCACGCCUGCCCUGCACAGCCCUAGCGGAGCAUAUGGCUGAAACAUAUGCUCGCUUGAUGGCCCCCCAGCCCAGCCCUCAUGAUGGGAGCCCUAGACCUGGGGCUGAAGAUGGUGGGCCUGGCAUUAGGGGACCAGAGGAGCCUGGCCAGGUUACUCCACAAGCCUCUGAGCCCAGAGAACUGAAAUCAACCUGGCAAGCAGCUGGGAUCUGCCCCCUGAACCCCUUCCUGGUGCCCCUAAAGCUCCUGGGUAGGGUGGCCACCCCUGCAAGGUGAGGGGCACAGCAGUUGUAGGAUAUACCUCACUUCCAGGUGGGGCCCUCAGUCCUGCACCGCUGGCACUGGGUUGUCAUGAGGAUUGUUGUGGAAGUUCCCUGACAUGGCUCUCAGCCGUGAGCUAAACCUUCAGUUAAUUGUACAAGGGGCUCCCUGGGGGUAGUCAGCUGGAGUAAUGGAGAACGGGGUCACAGGACUCUACACACUCACAGUCUGAAUUCCUGGACACAUGGAUGCCUUCCCAAGCCCAGCUGUGCCUUAUUCUCUACCAGGGAGCCAUAGCUGGUACCCACACCAUAGCCCCCCAUCACAUGCCCUCCUGUUUGCAUUCCCCUAGGCCUCUUCAACUGACCACUGUCCAGUGCUCCCCACUGCCAGCUCCUCCCUCCUUCCCUUCCUGGGGUGUCCUGUGACCUUAAA